AAAAUGACCCUCAACAACGUUACCAUGCGUCGCACCCACAACAGCAGCCUGCAGCAGCAGCAGCAGCGAUGGAGCAUCCCUGCUGAUGGAAAGAAUCUGCUGGUCCAGAAAGACUCCAAUGAGUACAACCCACAGAAGCGAUACACCAUCAGUCCCGAUGAAUACUACAGAAGGAGCUGGUCCUCGGAGUCAUCCGACUCCGUCAUCUCCUCUGAGUCCGGCAGCAAUUGCUACCGGGUGGUGCUGAUCGGGGAGCACAGCGUAGGCAAGUCCUCGCUAGCCAACAUCUUUGCGGGGGUGCAUGACAGCAUCGACAGCGACUGUGAGGUGCUGGGAGAAGACACAUAUGAAAGAACUCUGAUGGUGGAUGGGGAAAGUGCAACAAUUAUACUGCUCGACAUGUGGGAUAAUAAGCGUGAGGGAGAAUGGAUUCGAGACCACUGCAUGCAAGUGGGAGACGCAUACUUGAUUGUCUACUCCAUCACAGACCGAGCCAGCUUUGAGAAAGCCUCUGAACUCAGAAUACAGCUCCGCAGGGCACGCCAGAAAGAAGACAUCCCCAUUAUUUUGGUCGGCAACAAAAGUGACCUUGUCAGGUGCCGCGAAGUUUCAGUGGCAGAGGGACGAGCCUGUGCCGUCGUGUUUGACUGCAAGUUUAUCGAGACCUCGGCAGCCGUGCAGCACAAUGUGAAAGAGCUGUUUGAAGGCAUCGUGCGGCAAGUCCGGCUCCGCAGGGACAGCAAGGAAAAGAACGAGAAGCGGCUGGCGUACCAGAAACGGAGAGAGAGCAUCCCCAAGAAAGCCAGGCGGUUUUGGGGCAAAAUAGUUGCCAAGAACAACAAGAACAUGGCCUUCAAACUCAAGUCCAAGUCUUGCCAUGACCUAUCGGUACUUUAAGAACGCUGGACUCUGCCAGACCUUGUGGCAUUUCGUGGACAUUAUCUAACUAUGUCAUGGGACAAUCAAUCAAUCUAUAUUAGAUUGGGCUAUCAAAGUGACUUAGGUUCACAGUUAUGAUCGUGAUGGUACGUGCUGGCAUAAGAACAGCACACUGCAUGGAAAUAUCUCUCGUUCUUUUUUUGUUGGUAGUUUUAAAAGAAAAGUAUAGACCAGAACGACCCGAAGUUACACUGGGAAGUGUUCUGGAAUAUACCUGUUUUUCCUCCUCUCACCUUCAGAUAAUAGUGUAAGAACCUUGAACUGUCAUGAUUUGGGAAGUGAUUACUACAAUCUUUAUUCUUUCUCCUUGUUAUUAAUAUUUCUUUUUUAAAAUUGUGUAAAGAAUUGAUGAACUGACUGGGGAUUGGUCCUUUGCCAGUUGGCUGGUCAGGCUUGAGCACCCACAGCUGAAAAAUCUGCAUUUUUGUAGAGUAACCACCAAGACACCUUUUCUUUUUUUUUUUGUAAUUUCAAGGAUUGGUUUUAAUGAGUUUACACAUCUCUUACUUUGAAAAUAUUUAACGGAAA